ACGCAACUUGCACUGGGCCAAUGGUCCGUCUACUUUAUUGGCUACUUCCUUAUAACUUCACGGAGUUGAUAUAUGUAUGUGUAUUGACGAAUCAGUUGGUAUCAUAUUUCCUUCCUCUUGCAGAUACCAACAAGUUCGGGCUCAAGAUGAUGGAAAAGAUGGGCUGGUCGCACGGCAAGGGUCUCGGAGCUAAGGAAGACGGUGUUCAGGAGCAUGUCAAGGUCCGGCUGAAGGAGAACAACCUCGGAGUGGGCGCCACCAAAAAGACAAGCGACAAUUGGCUGGGCAACACGGAUGCGUUCAGCAAGUUGCUUGCAGAUCUGAACGAGCGAGUCGAGAAGGACGCUGCACAGAACGACAGCAAGAGCGAUAGUAGUUCUGACAAUCAGUCGGAUGUGGAGACGGACGAAAAGAAGUCGAGUAAAAAGUCGAAGAAGGAGGAGAAGGAAAAGAAGAGCAAGAAGGAGAAAAAGGAGAAAAAAGACAAGAGGGAGAAAAAAUCGAGCAAGAGCAAGAGCAAGCGCUCCAGCGAUGAGGACAGCGAAGAGAAGAACAACAUUAUGGCCGCCAUCAGCGGUCGCAAGGCUUCACGGCACAAAUAUCUCAGGAACAAGCAUGCGGCCCUUCAAAAUGUAGAGCGACUCAACGAAAUCCUUGGAAUUAAAUCCGAGACGGCAUCUCCCUCGAUCUCAGGCAUGUCGACCCCUAAUGUCGAGGAAUUGAUAACCUCGACCGACAUUUUCGCUGCUCGCAUGCAACAAAACAGCCUCAACAGUAGCGGCGCCAAUGACAUGGAGGAGCCAGCUAGACCAGUAUUCGGAGGACUUGGGUUUGCUACCUCGGCCGGGGUUGGGUCAUCGGGAUUCAACAGAUCAGGCAUUCGUGGACUUGGGUUUGUCAAGGCCACGGUCUCGGUGAUGCCGGUUACGAUAGAGACUAGGGUCGAGGAGCAUGUUAUUGUUCAGAGUACCACAGAGGAGACAUCAACAGCACUCCAGUCGCACAACAAUGAAGACAGGAAGAGUAAGAAGGAGAGCAAGGAAAAGAAAGAGAAGAAAGAAACGAGAGAAAAGAAAGAGAGAAAAAAGAAAGAGACGAAGGACAAGAAGGAGAAGAAGGAGAAGAAGGAUAAGGUCAAGGAAGAGAAGACGGGCAGUAGUAGCAAGAAGAAUGCGAAACGGAAGGCCGGUGACUCUGAACAAUCCAGCUCCAAAAAGUCCAAGAAAUGAAGGAAUUGAAUAGAUUUUUAUUU